AUGAACCAAACUCCGUCGAUAGCAGCAGUAAUACGCCGCUAUUGUGGGCGGCGUGAAAUGGACAUGAAACAGCGCGCUAUAGUGGGCGGCACAGAAUGGGGUCAGAUACCAUUACUAUGGGCGGCACGCAAUGGGCAUAAUAUGAUAGUGAAGCGAUUACUAGUCAAGAAUGUUAACCUCGAGCUAAAGGACAAGAUAUACGGUCAGACCCUGUUAUCAUGGGCGGUAUACAACAGGCAUGAAGGGACAGUUAAGCUGCUUCUUAGUACGGAUAUUAACCUUAAGUCAAAAGACAAGUUAUUCAGUUAG